AUGGGUUGCUGUGGCUGUGGAAGCUGUGGCGGCUGUGGAGGCUGCGGAGGCUGUGGUAGCUGUGGAGGCUGUGGAGGCUGCGGAGGCUGCGGUGGCUGCGGAGGCUGCGGAGGCUGCGGUGGCUGCGGAGGCUGCGGAGGCUGCGGAGGCUGCGGUGGCUGUGGCGGCUGCGGAGGCUGCGGAGGCUGCGGAGGCUGCGGUGGCAGUGGCGGCUGCAACAGCUGUACCACCUGCAGGUGCUACCGGGUCUGCGGAGGCUGCUGUGGCGGCUGCUGUGGUGGCUGUGGCUGUGGUAGCUGCUGCGGCUGCUGUGGCUGCUGCAGACCUGUGGUAGUCUGCUGCUGCCGCCGUACCUGCUGCCGCUCCUGUGGCUGUGGCUCCUGUGGCUGUGGCUGUGGGAAGGGCUGUUGUCAGCAGAAGUGCUGCUGCCAGCAGAAGUGUGGCUGCAAGAAGCAGUGCUGCUGUUAG